GUUAACGACUAAGUACGAUUGUUUCAGUCAUAAAGAAAACAGAGAAUGCGAAUUACAUUGAUUGUAGUGCUGAUGGCACUUAGGUGCCAUUGCAAACCUAAUAAGCCACUUAACACCGAUGACCCAAAUGGUAAAGAUAGAACUGAUCUUGGUGCGUUAGAUAGUCAGAAUAUUGAUCAAGACGACCUUUUCGACGAUUUGAAUGAUUCGAAUGAUCUAGAUUCGAGUGAAUCGGAUUCAAGUUCCAUUGAUGGUAUCAAAAUGUAUGGUCUUGAUGAUGACGAUGAUGAUGACAGCGAUGAUGGCUUUAAUGACGAAAAGAGUUUUGCUGAUCAUCGUUUUGACAAAGAUGACAAAGAUUUUGGAUUUGAUAAAGAUGACAAAGAUUUUGGAUUUGAUAAAGAUGACAAAGAUUUUGGAUUUGAUAAAGAUGACAAAGAUGUUGAAUUUGAUAAAGAUGACAAAGAUUUUGGAUUAGACAUAGAUGACAUAGAUUUUGGAUUUGAUGAGGAUGACAAAGAUGUUGAAUUUGAUGAAGAUUGUCCUGAUGAAGAAGAUACUGCGGAAAAAGAAGAAACUUGUGUAUUUGAUGUAACGACAACAACAGGAGAGGGAGAAUUCAUCGCUAAAAUUAGCUUUUCUGAAAACAUAUGGGGUUUCCAGGUAGAAGAACCAUUCAGUGUAUUAGGACGACGUCGUGGAAAUAAAAGAAAUAAAGAACUUGGCAGCACCAAAGAAAUGGGCAAUAAGAAAAUGAGAGGAGGAAAAAAAGGCGGUAAAAGAGGUGGUUUUAGAGGAAAACAAGGAGGUGGUCGAGGAGGUGGUCGUGGAGGAAGACAAGGGCGUGGUCCAAAACCAAUAAAAGAUGUUUAUUCUAUCAAUACAGAAGAAAUGGCCGUUCAGCAACAUACGAUGAAAUUCAUUUUCAAAUAUGAUACAAAUAGCGUUCCAACGUUCACUUGUACAACGCUUACAUGCCCAACAGAUCCAGCAGGCCCACCCCAAGGUGCAACGAACGUACCAGUAUCCCCAACUACUCCACCACCACCACCACCACCACCAUCACCAUCACCAGUCCCAACGGGUUCCCCUGCCACACAACCACCAACACCAGCCCCGACUAGUCCUGCCACACAACCACCAACACCAGUUCCGACAACUCCUGCCACACAACCACCAACACCAGUUCCGACAACUCCUGCCCGACCACCACCAUCACUAGUUUAAGGAGUUCCUGUUAUAAUAUAAUUCAAUGUCUUUGGACACACUAAUUUUGGACAAGUCUUUUUAUUAAAGAAUUUAGGAAUGAACACUUUCUGCUUCUAUAUUAGUCAUACAGUACUGUUAAAGAGAAUUUAUACAUUGAAUUGCAUGCAGUAUUACUCACAUGCAUAAUAA